CCCGCGAAGACCGCCAGUUUCGCGCGCGUCUGCGGUCGCUGCGUGUGCGGUCAAGCCUUGUGAUUCUAUUCAAGUGAUCGAGUCUUCAUGGACGACGCGCUCAGUGCGAAGUUCCAGAAAAUCGAGAAAAUUGGCGAGGGGACCUACGGUGUGGUGUACAAAGCCCGCGACCGGGCCACCGGACGAUUCAUUGCCUUAAAGAAGAUCCGUCUUGAGAACGAGGUCGAAGGUGUACCAAGCACUGCCAUACGAGAAAUCGCCCUUUUGAAAGAGCUUCGCCACCCAAAUGUUGUGCGCCUCCUCGAUGUCGUCCCAUGCGACCAAAAGCUGUACCUCGUAUUCGAGUACAUGGCGGAGGACCUCAAGAAACACAUAGAUAGAGCGGCGUCGUGCAAAAGCUCGCUUGCCGUGAACCUUGUGAAAAGCUAUCUGUGGCAGCUGUUGCAAGGCAUCGCGUACUGCCACUCUCAUCGCAUCUUGCACAGGGACUUGAAACCGCAGAACCUCCUCAUCGAUCUCGAGGGUAACAUCAAGUUAGCCGAUUUCGGCCUUGCGCGGGCCUUCGGACUGCCUCUACGCGCGUAUACGCACGAAGUGGUGACGCUGUGGUACCGGGCGCCAGAAAUCCUCCUCGGCUCACGCUUCUACUCGACAUCUGUCGACGUCUGGAGCAUCGGCUGCAUUUUCGCCGAAAUGCUUACGCUGAAGGCAUUAUUCGCGGGUGACUCGGAGAUAGACCAGCUUUUCCGCAUCUUCCGCACUCUCGGCACACCCGACGAGAGCUCUUGGCCCGGCGUGACCAACCUUCCCGACUACAAAGCCACUUUCCCGCGCUGGGAGCCGCAGUCACUGGCGAACAUUAUCCAUGGCCUAGACCCCGACGGGGAAGACCUCAUCCUGCAGCUACUCGUCACCGACCCGGAGGCCCGUGUGCCAGCCAAGAGAGCGCUCAGUCAUCGCUACUUUCGAGACGUCACCAUUCAACGUCCCGUGUGCAUGUGACACUUGUCCGCAUGCGCGCUGGGUUUUUCAUUACUCGUUUCUUGAUAACGUUGGCGCAUUUCCCCCUCCCCCUUUUUUUUUCUUGGUUAUUCCAAGUUGCGAGCGAGAGUGCGCGGUUUAAUUUUGCAAGAUUUACAAGUAAGUGAACGUACUACGUCCCAUGGUGACAGCAGAGUUCCGCUGGCUAGUAACUUUGCUGAGUUAUUGUUCGUAUGAUACUUCUUCUUUAUAGCGCCGUAACUAGGGCGUGCGUAGAGUUACUGUUAACAUGAACAGUAACUCUAGGCAAGCGUACUAGGAUACUGGUGGCUCCUCCUUAUUUUUAUGCAUAUUAAUCUAGUUUGUUUUGUUGUUCUUUUUCUGAUUACUUGCUGUAUUUUCAUUUCACUUUAAAGGAGCAAGGUAGACCGCGUGGUUUCACUAGGGAGUUUUAGAAUAGCGCCCCGCAAGUCCUUGCGGGGCGGACGCUGCCACUGCGCACGCGUCGUAAUGCGAGUCGGUGAUCGCGGCCCGCAUGUAGCCCGCAAGCGCUCUUUUCGAGGCUACGGUGUCCCUGCGACCGUGCUUUGUGGUUUGCAGCGGGGCAAACGCUAUUCUAAAACUCCCUACUAUGUACUAUUUCCAAUGAGGUUGUAUUUGUGAUCUAUGUUUUUACUUAUGCAUGCACAUUCCCCAGGGCGACACCACGGCGCCGCUGGUAAUCGUCGUUAUCGUUUAAAUUAGCCCGCAUGGCGCCGUUACCAGAGCAUCCGUGCUGGCAUACUGGUGGCCCACAUCAUUAUGCACAUUUAUAUGCACAUUUAUGUACACAUAUGUUUUCACUUGUUUUAUGAUAGCGCGUGGUUUUUGUGUGUUUGUUGUUUUUUUUGGGGGGGGGGGUCUGCUAUCUUUGAUUAGCAUGCUUAGCUAUAUUCACAUUGCUUCGAUGUUGCGAGCCAUAGUAUCAUGUAUUAUUUGUCGGCAAGUGAUGGAUUUGUUUGCACAACACUAGAAACCCCGCAGACGCGGUGCGAGGCUGUGCACAAUUCAGAACGCCCGUACGCAGGCGCAGCUGCCCGCCCGCCUGCCGAUCACAGUCAUUAUGAUUACUAUAUGAACGUGAAGACUUGAUUAGCCUUUUUUUUUUAAGGUGACAGCACAGCGUCGCUAAUAUGAAACUUUCCAGAUCAUCGUUUGUGUUCAAAGCAUGGGCUUCACAUAAAUAUGCAUUCUGUAUUUUUUUUUGUAUGUGCCUACGGGGAUGUUUUUUUUUUUACGUUAGCCUCAGACAACAAUAAACGUUUUUGAGGCUGCGUUAUUAAAUCUUUGGACAUCUUGUAAAAGUGCCGCAUAUGUGACCUCUAUCUUACACGCGGCAUUUUUUUUUCUUGCCGUGAAAAAAGUGUGCUACGUUAAUUUUCCUUUUCAAGUACAUUGGGUGUGCUUGUACAUACAUGAUCAUGUCGCAGUAAAUAAAAGGCCUGAUUCUGAAGACAUCGGCGCCCUUUUA